AUGGCUCCUCUCAUCCUCCAUAACGUCCCUGACGAUGAGUGUUAUGUCGGCGACGAUGGCAUCAAGCGACCGUAUGCCAUGUACUUUAACCAACAAGAUGCACCUCAAGGGAGCACACGAUCACGUCGCGGCGCCGCUGAGUCUGGCUCAUUCGGAAAAUCCACUCGUCGUUCUCGAUCGCGUACUGGAACGCCCGCCCGCAGUCGCGAAAAUCCCACUCUAGCUGCUGCAGACAAGCUCUUUGGUGACUGGGUAUCGACACAGGCAGCCACCGCACCAGCUCAAACUGUCCAGCGUAAGACCAGCGGUAUGAUGCAGGAAGAGGCUGCCGCGCAACGACCCAUCACAUCCACACCAGUCGAGCUCAUCCUCCGCGGCUACCGAUCAUACACCCAUCAGUAUGCUGCCAUCUCCCACUAUGAGUCCCUCGCUGGCACGAUCCUCGAGGACUACCCUCGCGAACCCCCGGCCAACCAACGUCGAUACAAGUCGGAACUACGCGACCCUGCGUUUACGCGACGACGCAAUCUUUCAUCAGAUGAGCGAGCUAUGGUGAACCGAGCAGAUGGUGGAGAGCACUGGGUCAAGAUCACCUUCGAAAGCAGAGAAGCCGCCGAAGCUGCCACUUUUGCCAGCCCUCAAAGGAUAUUGGGACAUCUUGUCUACGCCGAACCAUACCGAGGAGUCCCUCCUGCCAAGGACGAAGCCUGUCCAGAUAUCGAGGUUGUCCCCGAUCAUUCGCGAUCACACAGCAUGCCUGCUCUUCCUGUUGUCAAAAGCCGCGGCGGCUUCAAUGGACCUACAUCGUUCAAUAGUCGUCUCCUCGAUCUCUCGCCGCCUCAUUCGCAGACAUCUAGCCUCACCAUGGACACCGGAACUAUCAGCAACUCACAUGCGUCUACCGCUACAAUCACCGAGCCGAUUCCUCUUCCCCUUCAAGCUACCACUUCCAGCAUCGAGCCUAUGGAGAUUCAUGAGGUAGACAGUGUUUUCUGUCGCCGCAUCCCUACUGCCCGUCGCGCAAACCUUCUUCCCGCCGAGCAAGCCCUCCUACCUCAACAGACCAUGAUGCAACGGGUAGUUAACGCGAUUCCUAUUGUGAAGUGGUUCGGCGGUAGCAUGAUUGGCAACGAGGUGCCACGAACCGAGACCGGCGAAUUUGACUGGAGCAAGGCGAGUUUGUACUGGAAGCUCAUCUGGUGGCUCGAUGCUACUUUUGGACUUUUCAGCGGUGAUGUGCUCAACGCCGACAAGGACGACUAG